UCGCCUGAACCGUCCCGGUUCCUCUUGAGAGCUCCCAGGAGUUAGUCCAGCGGGAGACUUUGUGGUCUGCGCACAUCAUGUACUGUACACGAAUGCUCGGGCAUGCCGUCUUCCUUCUUCGAGCCACACUUGAGUCCCCAUGAGUCAGUUUCGUGCGAUUGGUCUGGUCUUCGGUUGCUUCGUGGGCUAUAUACCAAGGCCCAGAAUAUCAGACCUGGCCAACGAGUCACCUAGAAAUCCAGCACUCGACAACAAUGGCGCCGAUGUCGUAUCCCGUUUGUCUGAUGAUCAUCAUCUACGCCCUGACCCUGGCGCCUGUGGCGUGGGUAUACGCGGCGGAGCUCUGGUCUCUGGUGACGCGUGCCUCGGGAAUGCUUUGUAGAAUUUGUUCCAUCCUCCAUUAUAUACCGAUCUUCUCUCUUUGCGUGCUUCUGCGACAAAUACAGCGGUUGCUCCUCCACGAAGUCCAUUGCAGCACCGAGCAAAACUGGCUUUUCGACGCCGUGCUGGGGAUGUUUGCGCCCUGGGGUUUCCCGAACAUCAAAUGGAAGCCAUUCAUCGUCUUUGACGUUCUCUGUGUCGGGGCCGCCCGUGCAGAUCUUUUCCACACUCGAGAAAGUGGAGAAGAUGCUCAGCAAAGAUGGUCCCUGACCAUGGCACACCAAGCCGAGACAUUCGAAGCUGAACGGCAUGAGCGAGCAGGCCCGCGAAGAAUCUUCACGUCGGUGGAGUCUAGGACCCGUGCGACCAUGGGAUGUUGUUCUCGCCACUCGAACUACAAGCAGCCUCGGAAAAUUACGAGUCAACUCAUGGAAGAGAUUCUGAAUUUCAAGUCAAGUCGAAUCGGACCAUAUCCUAUUACUUCAUUCUGAUCAAUCAAUGCGAUGAGUAUGCAUGCUAUGCUAUAUAUGCAACUGGAAAUCAACAACCACAAUGCC